CAGAGCCGUAGGCUGGACCGAGGAAGGGGCGAGGGCCGCGCCCAGGUGCCCGCCGCCCCGGAGGCAGGAUGAGCAUCGAGAUCCCGGCGGGACUGACGGAGCUGCUGCAGGAAUUCACGGUGGAGGUGCUGAGGCACCAGCCCGCGGACCUGCUGGAGUUCGCGCUGCAGCACUUCACGCGCCUGCAGCAGGAGAACGAGCGCAAAGGCGCCGCGCGCUUCGGCCAUGAGGGCAGGACCUGGGGGGACGCGGGCGCCGCCGCCGGGGGUGGCACCCCCAGUAAGGGGGUCAACUUCGCCGAGGAGCCCAUGCACUCCGACUCCGAGGACGCGGAGGAGGAAGAGGAGGAGGAGACGGCGGCGGCUGCGGACGCAGGGGCGUUCAAUGCUCCAGUAAUAAACCGAUUCACAAGGCGUGCCUCAGUAUGUGCAGAAGCUUAUAAUCCUGAUGAAGAAGAAGAUGAUGCAGAGUCCAGGAUUAUACAUCCAAAAACGGAUGAUCAAAGGAACAGGUUGCAAGAGGCAUGCAAAGACAUCCUGCUAUUUAAGAAUCUGGAUCCGGAGCAGAUGUCUCAAGUAUUAGAUGCCAUGUUUGAAAAAUUGGUCAAAGAAGGAGAGCAUGUAAUUGAUCAAGGAGAUGAUGGUGACAACUUUUAUGUAAUCGAUAGAGGAACAUUUGAUAUUUAUGUAAAAUGCGAUGGUGUUGGAAGAUGUGUUGGUAACUACGAUAAUCGUGGGAGUUUUGGCGAACUGGCCUUAAUGUACAAUACACCCAGAGCAGCUACAAUCACUGCUACCUCUCCUGGUGCUCUGUGGGGUUUGGACAGGGUAACCUUCAGGAGAAUAAUUGUAAAAAACAAUGCCAAAAAGAGAAAAAUGUAUGAGAGCUUUAUUGAGUCACUGCCAUUCCUUAAAUCUUUGGAGGUUUCUGAACGCUUAAAAGUGGUUGAUGU